AGUUAGUGCCGUGCAAGGACGAGUUGUGAUUUAUUGAGUUUAAAAAUUUGCAGCCGCAGAGACAAAUUAACGGUCGAGGAUGUUUUAAUUGUUGGUGUUUGUGCAAAGAGAUCAGAGACCAAAGGCGGAACUAUUGUGGGCCAUCUUCGCCGUUUAAGUGAAAGAUAAUUGUUUUUCACUUGGAGACCUACCAAGAAGUGUACAUAACCGAUUAACUUUCACGAUGGAGGAUGAUCGCCAAACAAUUUAUUUGAUUGAUUGCUGUUGCGGAGAAGAGUUGGAACUGAAGCCGAAAAUGAAGCACUAUGUUUCAAAAAAAUCCGGAGGAACAUCAGAAGUGGUCCACUGCAAAUUUGUCAAUGGAGGAGAGGAGAAGUCAUUCAAGAAGAAGUUCAUUUUGGCAGGAAAGUGCCCUUUCUGUAACAAAUUGCUAGCUGCACUGAGCUUGUACAAGCAUGUCUUCAACCAUUGUCAUGGUGACAUAAACAAACGUACAGGCUCUCCGUCCACCAUCACCAUCAAGGUAGAAAUUCAUGAUCGAGCCACCCGUCAUGUAGCAGCUGCCCUUCAACCACCUGCAGUCCUUGUGGACCAGUCUGCUGACGAGAGUGACGAGUCGUCUUCUGACGAGUCGUCUUCUGACGAGUCGUCUUCUGAAGAGUCGUCUUCUGAAGAGUCGUCUUCUGAAGAGUCGUCUUUUGACGAGUCGUCUUCUGACAGCAGCAAGUCCAGUUCAUCGACACUCGAAGUGCCUCCUGAGAAGAAAAUCAGAUUGACCAAACAGGAAAGUUGUGGAAAAGAAAAUAAAUCUCCCACCUUAAAAGCUGUGCUCAUGUCCAUGGGGUUUUCGGACGAAGAGGCCAGUUUGGCAUCGCACCACUGUACUUGCGUUGAUAAAGCCCUCAACUUUUUGGAGAACACUUGCCCACUUUGUUUUGAGACUGUGUCGGCUGACAAAAUGGUAGCCAUGCUGCGGUGCCAACAUUCGUGCUGUGUGGCCUGCGCUACUGCAUUUUUCACUACUGAAAUCAGGGAAAAGGCCACCACCAAGAUCUGCUGCAUGUUAUGCAACGAGCCUGAAGAUCUCCGAAAAACUUGGUGUGAGGAUGAGAUACUUGAUUAUAUGACGCAGGCCAACAUGUUAUUGAAAACACUUCUUCCUGUGGAAGUGUUCAAAAUCUACGAGGCAAAAGUUCGAGACGAAGCACUAACAAAAGAUAAGGAUUUUGUCUGGUGUGUCGAGGCAAAAUGCGGUGCUGGCUACUUUGACGUAACAGGCAGAAAAAAAACAACCUGUCCCCACUGCGGCUCCAUAACAUGCAAGCUUUGUAGGCAGAUUUGGUCCGAUAGUCACUCUAAAAUCCAGUGUGAGAAGAGCAAGGGAGAUGAGAUUUUGUCUUACCAUGGAAGCAACCUGGAAGAAAUCGUCCAGUGCCCAAGUUGCAACAGCCGAUUCUCACUGUCCAGAGGAGGCUGCAUGCACAUGCAGUGCACUUACUGCAAGCACGAAUUUUGUUCUGGGUGCAGUGAACCCUUCCUUAUUGGUGACGUUUGCCAAUUUGGACCAAGCUGCCAUCUGCUAGGUCUGCACAGCCAUCACCAUCGCAAUUGCAUGUUCUUUAUGCGAGAUAAAGCUCCUGAGGACCUGCAACGCCUGUUGCAAGAAGAAAUGGUGGACUUUGAAAAAGGUGAUCCAGAGACAACCGAGGGAGGAAGGAGGUGCAAAGUAAUCGGCAUCCAGAGGGACUCACCUUCAGGCCUGGUCGAUGCUACAUGUGACGAAGAGGUUGUUAGUGGCUACGCAGGCUUCUGCAAGGCUCACUACACCGAGUACCUUUGUGGCGUCAUCAAGCAAAAUGACGUGGAUCCCAGCACCAUCUUGACUGUACAAGAACUGAAAGCAACGCUGGUCCGUUUUGGCAAAGAUGUGCCUCCCAAAAGCCCAGAGCUGAACGAGGACGAGUAUCAAACUGCGUUGAUUGAGGCUGUUUGUACUCUGCCUUUGAAGCCUGUGCCAAUGGAGAAGAGCGCAUCGGGGUCCUCUAUGUGAGGCUGGCACCUGGCACCAACAAAACACGCCCGUAUUUGACCAUACUUUUUUUUGUUUAUUAAGUUAAGGAAGUCUGACAUCCCUUUGGACAAGCUGGACCUGGACCUUUGUGAGAUUAAGCUAACUAGGCUGUACAAAGUUUGAAAUGUUGCUACUUUAAAGCCUGUUUGAAUAGCUGCGAAAAUUAAAGAUAAUUUAAAUUUUACUUAUAAACUUAAUGGAAAACUUGCUUGUCAUAAAAGUUUUUUUGAGAUAUUUCCUAAAUUAUUUGGUAAGGUCGAUAGAAAGCAAAGCCUGGAAUUUAUUUAAUAUAAAAUACAUUUCUUCUUUAUUGAAAAACUACAAAGUGUUUUCUGAUACAAUGUCAUUUCACUUGGAUUGCUAUUUUCAUACUUUUACUCUACACCUAGAUCUCGAGUUUGAACACUUAAUUUAACCAUUUCUUUAAAUAAAAUUACAAGUUCUUUUUAUACACAAGAUGAAAAUGCACCUUCAGCGGCUCCGAGGAAUUCCCCAGACGUUAAAAUUUAAAUUUAAACAUCUGGCACAGAACUAAAAAUGAGAUUCAAGAAAUAAUUUUACUUCCCCCA